AUGUUCCGCCGCAAGAAGAAGCCUGCCCGAGAGCCGCCCGAAGUCUUCGGCUAUGACCGCGAUGCGCUCGUCUUACUCGUGAAGCGCCACUACGAGCUGCUCGUCGACAUGGGACACCUGCGCCCAGAAGCCCUCCAGGCACCACCCGAGACAGGAUGGCCUGACGCGGAGCUCAACGUCGAUGCGUUACGGACUCUGGGCCGGUCUGAGGCGGUCAUCGACCUACUACGGCACCUUCCAUACCCAAGAGCAGGUCCUCCCGGUAGCGAUGAGGCAACCCAAGAUGCAAUGGUGUACUAUGAGACUAUGGUUCUUUCGUACUUAAGAAACAAGUGGCAACCCGAGACGGCCUCAGAUCCAAACUGGCACAAACUUCCCUUUGCCAUGCUCGGGUUGGCCCCCUUCGACAAACCUGUGCCGUCCCACAUGAUAUCCUUGACACACGAGGAAUCAGAAGUUGGAGUGAUUUGGCUCAUUGACACGGAACGGGGAUGCAUUUAUCCUCAGGGCGACGACAACUACUUGUACGAUGACGCGCCUGCUGAAACCGAGGGGGACAAGCCAUGGCUCAACGCAAAGGCGCUUUCCUUUCAAACCUUCUUCGACAAGAUGCUUAAGGAAAUCUCGUCUCUAAAGCUGGUCCCAGCACCUGCAGCUGGGAACAUUGGGGCUGCGAUUUGCGCUGCAAAAGACCCGGAUGCUAAGGCAAUGAAGCAGUUGUACCGUGAAUACGGCUGGCCGGAUGCCUUUAGAAAGGACGAGUUUCUCAGGGCCGCCGUGCCAGCUCGCGCAGCCAUCUUGGACGAACAAUACGAUUGGUCAGACGAGAACUAG